GGGAUGACACUUCGCGAUUUGAACGAAAUCGUGCCAAAUCGCACCACAUUCCUUCAUCCUUGCUCAUCUUACCUUCAUCGCGGUCUUUUUUGCUCAUCGCGCCCAAAUCGCGCCAGAUCGCGCUCAUCGUGUACAUCGUGCUCAGAUCGUGCUCGAAUGAAAUUUUUCAUUCAUGCAGUCAGGGUUGCCAUAAAAUAUUCGUUCCAGCAGUUUUCCAUGAAACUGGCCGCACUGUUGAAAUGUUUGUUUUUAUGAUUUCGAGCAGUCCAAAAAGGUAAAUAAACACAAUAUUUUUUCGGGACGGAUUGCCGCCGCUGCCUGUGUUGAAUCUUUAUUCCCGCGUCCCGUGAACCAGAACCGGAAAAUGUUUUCUGCCGGAAGUUUUUCGUUGAGUUUGUGCUGAAGCCUGCCAAUUUCGGUAUUUGUUUAUUAUUUACAUAAAAAGCUAAUAAGCUAAUUUGAUUAAAACAAUGAUUAUUUUCGUAGAUUCAUUUUUUUCGUUUUCGGGGGACUGCAACUGCACGCCUAACUGCUACUGCUAACGAGCCGAUAGAACUCUGGACCGGUGUUUUUGCAGGGCCAUACGCACGAGCCAAAAGCCGGAAACAGGUUUCGGAAGCGAGAGACAGAUUCACCGGAACGAAGAGGACGAUUGUGGUUAGGAAAACUUUUGAGGACAAGCAACAACUGUAGUCAGUUCAGCAGGAGUGAGCAGGUUGGCUACACACGCCUCUUCGCCGGAGUCCCACCGAGCGAUGCCACGCGCUGGUCAUCGUGUCACAACCCUCGACGGCAAUGGCGAUGAGUGCCAUCGGUAGAGAAUCAUUGCAGAUGCGCACUUCCGGACCGGUGAAUCGACGGGGGCCUUUCCGUCGAAGGUGUUGCCAACCACUCGGCCACCACUGCUGCUAGACUCGGCCGGAUUGACCAGCACUUCGGGCUUGACGGAACGGGCCGCGGCUAGCCCAAUUCAGGGGGCCUUUAGAGCGAAUCAAUGAAAGCCUGCAGGGCAGCCUUGCCAAUCAAUAAGAUGUUCUUGGUCGACCCAGGAAUGAUGUUUCCGAGAGUAGGCGAUCGCGUAUUUGAUAAAUUUUUUCUUCGGAGACGGAACACGAACUGGAGGUCAACUGCACGUUCACUUGAUGCUUCUAAUCCGGUUGAUUACUGGACCAAGCUGACGUUUCUGAUCAACCAUACGCAUGAGCCAAGAGCCGGCCACAUCAAGUACAUGCUUCUUAUUUGGGCAUGUCCCUGGAAAAGGUGCGCACUUUUUGGGCGGGUGCACUUUUCGAAAACCCUCCGUAAAUGCAGAAACCGGUUUCAGAUGGUUGUCAUCCAAAGAAGGCAGGAUUUCUCACUCGGACCCAGUGGACCAAGUACAUGGCCGGGCAGCGGUCGAAGAAACAUUGCGACAUCGCGCACGUUCUGGGCGUUGACGUUGUCGUUGCGCCUCUCCAACUCGUGCAGCGGAAUCCGGCGGACACAGGCGCACAGGAUCUGGCGGUUAAUGUCCUCGCAAAACGGCGUCGAGCCGUCCAGCGGCAGCACCAUGUUCGUUAUUCGCAGGUCAAACACCGUGUCAUCGUACUAUAGCGGAUCGUACAUGAAGAAGAUGCCCCGGUGUCCUUGUCCUGUCCUGUCCUUGCUGAACAACUGGGAGCUGUGGCACAGAUUUUCCUCGGCGAGCUUUGAUGCGUUGUUGGCGCCACCAUCCUAUGAGCGAUCCCACGAGCUGAUUAGCGUGUUGGGAAUCAUCAGCGUAACAUUGUCCUGGUCGAUCCAGCCGCAAUCUUGACGGCACUAGCGACGUGCGCCAGCUGUAGCGAAUCAUCCCAGACGUGCACUUCCGAUCCAGUGAAUUGGCGGAGGUCCGUCCGUCGAAGGUGUUGCCAACCAUUUCGGGACUAAACUCGGCCAGUUAAUAUAAGGAAUAUGUGUGUGUGAUAUUGUGACAGUGUUA